CUUUAGGAUCCGCCUCCUUGCCGUGAGCAGCGGCAGCUUCCUGCAGCCUGGCUGCAGUCGGACACAGAGCCCCACCUGUCGCAGCGCCGCUGAUCUCGGAGGACUUCACCCACCAUGGACAUCUCCUUUGCGGGCAAACGAGCUUUAGUGACCGGAGCAGGAAAAGGGAUCGGCAGGGCCACGGCUCUGGCUCUGGCACGCUGCGGGGCAAAGGUCACCGCGGUCACACGCUCACAGGCCGACCUCCACAGCCUGCUGCAGGAGUGUGCCUCCAUCACCCCAGUAUGUGUGGACCUGGCAGACUGGGGGGCCACGGAGGCGGCCCUGCAGGACGUGGGCCCCAUCGACCUGCUGGUGAACAACGCAGCCUUUGCCACUCUGCAGCCGUUUCUGGAGGUCACACCAGACAAGUUCGACCAGACCUUCGAUGUGAACGUGAAAGCGGUGCUGCAUGUCUCCCAGAUGGUGGUCCGGGGUAUGAGGGCCCGAGGGUCCGGAGGCUCCAUCGUGAACGUGUCGAGCCAGGCGUCGCAACGCGCCCUCAGAGAGCACACCCUCUACUGUGCCUCUAAAGCAGCUCUGGACAUGCUGACUAAAGUGAUGGCUCUGGAGCUGGGCCCCCACCAGAUCCGUGUGAACAGUGUGAACCCCACAGUGGUGAUGACGGACAUGGGGCGGCUGGGCUGGAGCGACCCAGAGAAAUCCAAGACCAUGAUGUCCAGAAUCCCCCUGGGCCGCUUCGCAGAGGUGGAUGACGUGGUGAACAGUAUUCUGUUCCUGCUCAGUGAUAAGAGCAGCAUGACGAGCGGGGUCUCUCUGCCGGUGGACGGGGGCUUCCUGGCCUGCUGAGCCAGCACAUCGGCCCCUCGCUCAGAGGAGGACAACAAGUAUAGCUUUUAAAUCAUUUUGUUUAACAAAUAAAAUACAACCACCCUCAAACCUU